UGGCCAACCCAGCGCAUCCAGCUGCUUCUACAGUGAGCUCCAGGACUUGGUGCUGACCCUGCUGGGGCGCCAGUUGGGAAGAUGAGGAGGCUCCUUCGCCGGCGCCACAUGCCCCUGCGCCUAGCCAUGCUGGGCAGCGCCUUCAUGCUCUUCCUCUUCAUCCGGCAGAAGGACGUAAGCAACCGCGAGGAGGCCGUGGAGAAACCCUGGCUGAAGUCCCUGGUGGGCCAGAAGGACCGUGUCCUGGACCUCAUGUUGGGUGCUGUGCCCAAGCUGCAGAUCAGAGCUCCGGGACCGCAAGAGCCGCUGGUCUCCACAAACCAGUCCUGCCUCCCAGGCUUCUACACCCCUGCUGAGCUGAAGCCCUUCUGGGAACGGCCACCUCAGGACCCCAACAGCCCCGGGGCAGAUGGAAAAGCAUUUCAGAAGAGAGAGUGGACCCCUCUAGAGACCCAGGAAAGGGAAGAGGGCUAUAAGAAGCAUUGUUUCAAUGCCUUUGCCAGUGACCGUAUCUCCCUGCAGAGGUCCCUGGGGCCAGACACGCGGCCUCCUGAGUGCGUUGACCAGAAGUUCCGGCGUUGCCCACCACUGCCCAGCACCAGUGUGAUUAUUGUGUUCCACAACGAAGCCUGGUCCACUCUGCUGCGCACAGUGUACAGUGUCCUGCACACCAGCCCUGCCAUCUUGCUGAAGGAAAUCAUCCUGGUGGAUGAUGCCAGUACAGAUGAGCACCUGAAGGAGAGGCUGGAGCGGUACAUAGAGCAGCUGCAGAUCGUGCGGGUGGUGCGGCAGCCGGAGCGGAAGGGGCUCAUUACAGCCCGCCUGCUGGGGGCCAGCGUGGCGCAGGCCGAGGUGCUCACGUUCCUGGACGCACACUGUGAGUGCUUCCACGGCUGGCUGGAGCCCCUCCUGGCCCGAAUAGCUGAAGACAAGACAGUGGUGGUGAGCCCAGACAUCGUCACCAUCGACCUCAACAGUUUCCAGUUCUUCAGACCUGUCCAGAGGGGCAAAGUCCACAGCCGCGGCAACUUUGACUGGAGCCUGACCUUCGGCUGGGAGACGCUCCCCGAACACGAGAAGCAACGGCGCAAGGAUGAGACCCACCCCAUCAAGUCCCCGACGUUUGCCGGAGGCCUCUUCGCCAUCUCCAAGGCCUACUUUGAGCACAUCGGUACCUAUGACAACCAGAUGGAGAUCUGGGGAGGGGAGAACGUGGAAAUGUCCUUCCGGGUAUGGCAGUGUGGGGGCCAGCUGGAGAUCAUCCCCUGCUCUGUGGUAGGCCACGUGUUCCGUACCAAGAGUCCCCACACCUUCCCCAAGGGCACCAGUGUCAUUGCACGCAAUCAGGUGCGCCUGGCUGAGGUCUGGAUGGACAGCUACAAGAAGAUUUUCUACAGGAGAAAUCUUCAGGCAGCAAAGAUGGUCCAGGAGAAUAACUUCGGUGACAUUUCCGAGCGACUGAAACUGAGGGAACAGCUACGCUGCCACAACUUUUCCUGGUACCUGCACAACGUCUACCCAGAGAUGUUUGUCCCUGAUCUGAACCCCGCCUUCUACGGAGCCAUCAAGAACCUCGGCACCAAUCAGUGUUUGGACGUGGGCGAGGGCAACCGUGGAGGAGGGAAACCUCUCAUCAUGUACGUCUGCCACAACCUCGGCGGCAAUCAGUACUUCGAGUACACAUCGCAGAGGGACCUUCGUCACAACAUCGGGAAGCAGCUGUGUCUACAUGCCAGCGCUAGCACGCUGGGCCUGAGGAGCUGUCAGUUCACUGGCAAAAACAGCCAAGUGCCCAAGGACGAGGAGUGGGAAUUAACCCAGGAUCAACUUAUCAGAAACUCAGGGUCUGGCACCUGCCUGACGUCCCAGGACAAAAAGCCAGCCAUGGCCCCCUGCAACCCCCGAGACCCCCACCAGCUCUGGCUGUUUGUCUAGGCCUGGGGUCAUCCCCAGGGCAAGCCCAACAAGCCUCUCAGGAAGUGGGGUCACCGGGCAUCUGGGAGUCUUCUGCUCCUCUAGAGGCCUGAGAGUUGGAUCUCUAAGCCCAGUGGCCA